UAGCUACAUUAUCGAAACUUGGUGAUUAUUUCCCAUUUCAUAUUGUUCAGUAAACAAUUUUGUGAAACCAAUUCACGCGCUAUGGCUGGUCUGUUCGAUUCAACGCAUACCGAGGGACCCGGCUUCGUGGGCAUUCGCUUUUGUCAGGAAUGCAACAACAUGUUGUACCCCAAGGAGGACAAGGAUAAUAAAACUCUGAUGUACGCGUGCCGCAAUUGUGAUUACAAGCAGGAGGCCGACUCCAAUUGCAUAUAUGUCAACAAAAUUAUGCACGAAAUCGACGAGUUAACGCACAUAGUGCCGGACGUGAUAUCCGAUCCCACGUUGCCGCGUACCGAAGACCACGCAUGCCCCAAAUGCUCGCAUCGUGAAGCUGUCUUCUUCCAGGCACAGACCCGCCGCGCCGAAGAAGAAAUGCGACUCUACUAUGUUUGUACAAAUCAGAAUUGCACUCAUCGCUGGACUGAGUAGAAACAACAAACAAAAAGCCGGCUUCAUUUACACAAUUGUAUAAAUUGCAAUUAGUUCUAGGUAUAAUUAUUAUAUUUUGUAAGCUAGGCAUGUUUGACAGAGAUUGCACAUUGUACAGGUUCGAUCGCUACGACAUUGACGCAGCCACAAAUACUUCUCAUUGAACGUAACAGCAGUUCCAACUAGUUGUUAUUCACUGCAGCAUUCAAUUUAUUAUCAAUGAAAGACUGUGUUUGAGCGAGAGAGGGAGAGAGAGAAACAUAGAAAGAUUCACUCUCUGAUAUGCAAAUAUAUCACAGAUCUUCGCAAUGACAAAAUUCAAUAUAUAUAUCUAUCAAACAAAAAUACAAAUACAAUAACAAAAGAAUAAAG